UACAUAUGUGUAGGUGUUCUCAGUUCGGGCUUCCAGAUAAACUCGUUUUUUUGACAGUCACACAGACAUGUGUACAUAAAGAUAAAUCUACAUUAAUCUAAAAAAAAAAAAAAUGACAAUUUGAUUUGAACCGAGCUUACCCGCGUCACAAAAAACUUUUGAGAACAAUCUGACCCAAGCGAUAGUCUGUUCAAUGCGGUUCUUUCAAUCUGUUUAACGAAACACCCACAGUGCAACAAUAGGCCCUGAAAAACAUGUUUGGCCAUUCACGAUUUAUUUCUUAAGUUUAAAAUAUCUACAAUUAAACAUUAUGGAUCUCCUAAAACAUAUGUUCAUAUCUGCUUAUGCAAAAGACUAUCACAGGGCCUUUUUUGUUAACCAAACUAGUGUCUUGGUGAAGAGAGGUAUAAAAAGAGUGUGUGUGCAUCGUGCAACUGCCACUUGAAGAAAGAAACUACCGUUAAAACACUGACAGAGGAACUGUUUUGACAAGGUUGCAACUUACAAUAUCAAGUUCAACCCAUAACUGCCAAUGCUGACGUGUUAUCGUCACCUAGUCAUUAUGAGGAAGAAAACGGGACUGUCGGCCAGAUGUUUCCACUACUUUCUGAUGGCAACAGGCGGCCUACUCGCUUUCUCUGUGUACUUUUCCCUGACAGCUACCACCACUCAAUCCAUGAGAGAUGUAUCCUCUGUAUUCAAAAGGCUGGCUGCUGCCGGGAAAAAAGCUGCAACAAGGGGAAUAACUCUAUCAGUCCUAGAGCCCAGAGUUUCACAUCUCAACAGAACUAGCCACAAGCUUCUCAAGAUUUACAUCUACAAUCUCAACAGUAUAUUCAACACGGACAUCUCCCGCUGUGUUCAUUCCGAAGACGCCUGCUUUGACUAUUCCAACCAUGGCAUGGGCAAACUGCUGUACCGCCAUGGCCAAAUCUCCAUUCACAACACAAAUCAAUUUUCACUGGACGUUAUUCUACACCAUCAGUUUGCUCAUAGCCGUUAUCGCACUAACGAUCCUUCAGAGGCCGAUGUCUUUUACGUCCCAGCGUACAUGGGGUCAAUGUAUUUUUGUCACAAAUAUGACAACAGGACAGCAGAGUCGGUGAAACGGUUAUUUCAUUAUUUAAACACAAUGCCAUAUUUCAGACAAGGGAAGCCUCAUGUGACGACUUUGGCUAAAAUCGAACGUGAGCAGAUUGAUGUUAUAUCAGCCCAUCCUGCAUGGAAAAAUCUCACCUAUAUGAUAAUUGAAAAGGAUGACCUUGAUUUUCGAAAAAUGCUUGGCAUUGAAUCACAGCGUGCCAUUGUUGUGCCGUAUCCAUCGUACAUUCACUUCAAUUACACAAAAGUAACAGACGAUGAUGCAUAUGCAGUCGAGAACGUAUCGAAAUAUAACCGAAAACUCUUUCUAUUUUUUGCAGCAAGCUUGCGCAGAACUAAUCCUUUCCGUGUCAAAUUAAUCGACCAGUUUGUCGUGAAGACGGAACUUGGUUUUAAAGAAUACUUCAAGUCCAAUGAUGUUCCUAACCGGGACCAAGUGAUGUUGAUAACAUGGGAGUGUCUGGGAAAUCAUUACAACACGACGAUCGAAUGGAUGUUUAAUUCUGUUUUUUGCCUCCAGCCACACGGCGACUCUCCAACACGGAAAUCGUUCUAUGAUUCGAUUCUCAGCGGUUGCAUUCCAGUGGUUUUUCAGUUUCCAAACGAAAACGUGGAAUUUCCAUUUCAACGAGCAUUAAACUAUAACGAUUUUAUCGUGCGGAUUCCAGUAAAUCGCAAUGGUGAUUUGGAAGAAAAUAUACCUAUUUAUGAUUACCUACAUAAAAUCCCACUAACUGAAAUAAGCAGACUCCAGACAAAUUUAAUAAAAGUGCUUCAUCUUUUCCAAUAUCCUGUGAUCGGCACAGAACAGAACAGUGACGAGAAAGAUGCACUAGAAAUGAUUGUAGAUGAAAUAAGAGUGACGUAUAACCUCUAGGAUCAGAUGGACUUGCAUCCGUUUUCUGGAUGUUCUUUUCUUUCUGGAUGAUGUUUUCUUUCCAACGUAUUACAUACCUAUUCAAUCUUACUAUAGAGAUAAAGACAUUUUUAAACCAUGUUAUAAAUCUUGUAUCACACACAUGUGUGAUCUGGAUAGGGCACUAGUCAAAGCUUCUGUAAGGACUAAUGACUUUAUCAAACAUUUGUCCAACACUGAUUCAGUCUUGGAGUUUUGUAGUCAAGAUUCAUAUUUGAAAAUAAAUGAUUGUACUGGAA